GAUAUGAUUAUGGGUGAAGAUGAAUAAAAUAUUUUAUAAAUAUUUAUACCCGUAAAAUUUGAUCAAUAUUUAUACAAAAAAAAUAUUAAAUAAAAGCAAUAAGGACUAAGAAGCCCUCCUAACUUAAAAAAAUGCUUGCAUUCAUCUUUCGAGGAGUCUUCCUCGUAGCUGUUCUUUCCUGGUACAGUACCAACGUCUGGAAAAUGAUCGACGGUUAUUUCAAGGAUCGAUUUCAGAAUUACCUGCAAGAGGAAUUCAGGAAAAAUCCAAGAAUGCAUGCUGACAUAAAUUCCUACGCUAUUAAACACGCAGAAAAGAAGGGAAUCGACAUUACCGACAGAGGGAUAGCAAUCCCAGCGCCAGAAGCACGGCGAGUGGAAGAGUCUCUCGAAACUGGGACGAGUUCUGUCGAUCUCUUAGCAACGGCUGCUUCCUUCUCAGAAAGUGCGGAAUUGGCAAAAGAGACUGGAUCUGGAACUGGAGAAAACAGGGUCCAAGCAUUGGUCGAUAAACACGCAUUCCCGGAAUCUGUAGAGCCUCUGGAUAUGUCAUCCGAGCGCAAAGAGAAACCUAAAUCCACCGGAAGCGACGGUUUUGAGGAGCGAUUUGCGGCUGAGAUAACAGAAAAGAAAGAAAAACAGGAGAAAGGAAACAAAGAGAAAGAAAAGAAAGAGGAAGCGAAAAAAGAUGCUUCACACGAUCAAAGAGAGACUUUGAAGAAGAGAAGGUCGAUCAUCGAGUCUGGGAAGCACUCUGAAGAAUCAAAAAAGCGGAAAGUCAGGACGAUUACUUUGACGGAAGCCGACUUCAAGUCAGCGAAGAUAUCGGAGAAUGAUGAUGAUUUUUCAGAAUUUGAUCUGGAUGUUCAGACCCUUAAGGUUAAGGAACCAAGGGAGGGUGUUUUGGUUUCGGAACUGCCUUUCAAGCCUAGAGCUGAUAUAGGAGAUCUAGAAAUCGUCACCGCCGACGAAUUUUGUCCUCUAACCUUGGAAGAUGAAGCAACGUGUGGAAUACCUAGCAAGUGGCCUUGAAACCUUCAUCGCAAAUAACUAUCUCUCUAAGAGUUUAUGGCCUUUUUUUCAAUCUGACCAUGAUGUGCGAUGACGCUUCAGAUUUAAAUCCAAGGGAAGCGAUUCGAAUCGGUGGAUUGACAGCCUUAAGAGAGUAUGCUGAGAUUGAAAGCUUUGGAAGUAGAAGGAAGAGAUCAAGAAUUUGAAAAUUAUAGUUUGAAAUUUUAGUUUGCAGAAAAAUUAAGAAAUUAGAAAAUUAGAAAAAAGAAAAGAUUAUUGAUCCCUUUCUUAGAUAAACCACCCAAGCCGACUUUACAAAACAAUAAGGAUGUGUUAUGGGUUUUAAAAUGUUUCCACAAUCUAAAAUAUGUAUUUUUUUGUUUGUGAAAACAUAUUUUGAAAAGUUUCUUUGGAAAUUUCGUGCCAAAACCGAAGUCGAAUUAGGUGAUCUCUUAAGAGAACAUCUCAAUUGGGUAAAGCUUCUGUGUUCAGAGACCCCCUUAAAUAUCAGAAUAGUUAAGUUAGGGGAUGUGCUUAAAUCACGUAACGGUUUAUGGGCCCUCUUGAAGCCACC